UGAGGUGGACCCUUUCUGCUCUAGAUCUAAGAUCCCAUCAACACUUACUACCUACGUGACCUCAGGCGAGUCCCACAGCCUCCCUGGACCUGUUUCCUCAUCUGUAAAAUGAGGUAGUUGAACUGGAUGCUGUCUAAAGUCUUUUCCGGCUCUCAGUCUGUGAACCUGUGAAGGAGUACCAGAGCCCAGAGGGGCAGGCUCCAUCACUCAGAGGGUAGGGGAAUUUCAGUGGGAGGAGGAGAGAGUGGGACAGGGAAGUGGUUAGUUCCGUGCUGCUUUGGAGGCCAUCUCCAUAACAGAACUUGGUCCCUUGUGAGAAGGCUAGCGUACGGCCAGGCUGCUCUGGUUUAGACAAGGUCCAAGGUCAUCAGUCCAUCGAUGGCCCAGAAAGGAGGCUGUGCGCCAGAGGGAAACACAAGGGAACAGACCAGGGAGUGGUCUUGCUUUGGGAAAUAGAGCAGAGCUCUAUUCCCAUUCACACCUACGGCCCCCACCUCUGGAACUGUUGGAUUCAAAGCCAGCAGAGCAACGGAUGGUUGAGUGGUGGGGGAGGGGGUUUCCAUGGUUCUGAGGGAUAAGGGGAGGAGACAUGAUUUUUAUUUUGACACUGGGUCCCAUCCAAGGCUAGGGUACUGUGAUAAAACCCCCACUGUAAGGACAGAAGGAGCUCAUUCAGGGAGGAGAUCCAAAGAGCCCUGGUUGCUGUUGCCAUAGGGAUAUCACAAAAGCAGAUCCUGUGUUAGGGUCAUCGGCAGAGAAGUGGGUCAUCUGAGAGCCUGGGGAUUCUCUGGGGGUGAGAGCCAACUCUUCUGCACGCAGCUUAUAUAGACUUGGGGGUGAGAUAGGGCCAUGUCACCCAGAGGACCGGGGGCUGAGUCAAGGUGCUGAAGGACAGAGGUCCAGUAUCAUUAACUGCCUCUCUCAGGUCAUAUCCGUGGCUGCGUCUCCAGCUAUGCUCCCUCCUGGAGAGUCAAGAGGCCAUGGAUGAGGAGCAGAAAGAGUUUGCAUCCAGGGGUCCCCAGAUGGAAAGCUUGGGAUUUGUACCCAGUCCCUCCCAUGUCAAGUUGGGGGUCUUCUUACUGUUGGUGGAGCUCUUUCUUCCAGGCAUGUACUGCAUUCAGAGAUCAGUGUAUUUCUCUUUCUAUGAAAUCAUCAUCCCCAGGAGAUUGGUGAGCUGGAGGAGAGAAGACCAGCCAGAGAAAAUGCACUAUUCAUUCCUUAUGAAAGGGAGUUGGCAUGUUAUUAGCCUGAAGCAGAAAAGAGGGCUCUCUGUCCAGAAUUUCCCAGUCUAUACCUACUCCAGUGGGAUCCCAGGCCUGGACAUGCCUUUUAUUCAAGAUGAUUGCUACUAUGACGGGUACCUAGUAGGUGACCAGGGGUCCUCCGCAUCCAUCAGUACCUGCUCAGGACUCAAGGGAAUCCUUAUCAUCCAGACGAUUGCCUUUGGCAUCCUGCCAGUGAAAUCCUCCAAAAAAUUUGAACACGCUGUGUAUCGCUUGUCUAAGGUAUCACGUGAUGCCUGUGGGGUCAAGGAGAGGGAAAGCCACGAGUUCUGGGCAAGCAUGAAAGGCCUUGGCCCGAGGGAACUCUCCCCAGCACACUUCCCCUAUGCCUGGUCACAGACUAAGUACUUGGAGAUCUUUAUGGUGGUAGACAACAUUCGGUUCCAGAUGUGGGACAGGAACGUGACCACGACCGCUCAGACACUCGUGGAUGUCCUCACUCUGGUCAACCAACGCAUGAAGCAGAUCAACUUGGAAGUAGUGUUGGCCGGGGUGGAGAUCUGGUCUGAGAGGGACUUGGUGCAGAUCUCUUGGGACCUGCAAGAAACACUCUAUGGCUUUAACCGAUGGCAAGCUUCAGAACUGCCCAAAAGGGCAAGGUAUGAUGCUGCUCACCUGGUCACUGGGCAGGAUCUCGGGAGCCACCAAGGCCAGGCGUUUGUGGGGAGCAUCUGCACCUCUGGGAACAUGACAGGUGUGGAGGUCUUCCAUCACGAAGACGUGCCUCGAUUUGCAGCCCUCCUGGCCCAUGAGCUGAGCCACAACCUGGGCAUGAAGCAUGAUCAUCCAGGCUGCACCUGCCCAGAUUCGCUCCUUUGUUCCAUGCACGUGUCCAUCACCCCGGAGGGGAGCUUCAGCAACUGCAGUGUGGAAAACUUCUAUGAGAAGCUGGGCAGGGGCCAAGGGGGCUGCCUGUACAACAAGCCAGAGCCGAGGAGCCCCUUUGGAAGGCAGUACUGCGGGAACAAGAUUGUGGAGGAAGGGGAGGCAUGUGACUGCGGCAGUCAGCACGCCUGCAUGAAGGACCCGUGCUGCCUGCCCUCCUGCCGGCUGAAGAAAGGCUCAGACUGCGGUUUUGGAGCGUGCUGCAGAAAGUGCAAGUUUCUGAAGGCAGCCACACCCUGUCGUCCCAGCGUGGAUGAGUGUGACCUCCCCGAAUACUGUAAUGGCAGCUCCAUGUGGUGCCAGCCUGACACCUACAAGCAAGAUGGCACCCCGUGCAGUGGCGGAGGUUACUGCUACCAGGGGCGGUGCAGGAGCCUGCAGAGCCAGUGUGUGGAGGUGUUUGGUGAGGGCUCCAGAGCCGCUCCAGCCCGCUGCUAUCACAUGAACACCCGUGGUGACCGGUUUGGGAACUGUGGCAGCAAGUGGCAAGGGCCAGUCAGGGUCUUCAUUAAGUGCCAACCCAAGGACAUCAUGUGCGGGAGCUUGUACUGUGAGAAUGUGCAGAGGCUUCCCCAUAUAAAGAGCCACCAUGCUUUCAUCCAGUUCCGCAUGGAAGACACAUGGUGCUGGGGGGCGGAUCUUCACAAUGCCCUGGACGUCCCCAAUGAUGGCUCAGUAAAAGAUGGCACCUCGUGCGGCCCCUGGAAGAUCUGUAUCAACCAGUCAUGCGUGGAUGCUGAGGCCACGCUCCACCAUGACUGCAGCCUGGUCAGAUGUCAUGAGAGGGGGGUCUGCAACAACCUCAAAAACUGUCACUGUGAUUACGGCUACAGCCCGCCCACUUGUGAAUCCCAGGGCCAAGGCGGCAGCCUGGACAGUGGUCCCUCCCCCAAGGUCAGGGCCAUCCACCCGAAGCUGGCUGCCUUGUUCUGGCUCCUGAUGGCCACUGCCCUGCUGCUCACGCCUAUUGCCUUUGUGGGGAUUUGCUUCUGGAGGAAGAUGGAGAAGGCCCAGGCCAAAGAGCUGGAGGUUCAGGGUAGUUCAGUGGAUAGAGAGGUCGGCUAGGCACAAGCCCCCGGCUUCACAGGGCCCUUUCAUUUCUGUACGCACUCGUAACAGUCCAGCAGAAGGCAAGGCCAUCAGCCCCUCUCCUCCCCGCAAGACACCAGGCUCUGCUAGGAAGAUGGCGAUGCGUCCAGUUUCUUUUUUAAUUAAAAAUGAAUGCAUAUCACUUCCACUAAAGUCCUGUUGAAACCUCAUGGGGUGUAGAAGUGACUGACAGAAGGUUUUCAAUUCAGUUCAAGCCUUUAGCGAGUUGGUACAGGGCUGGGCUGCAAAGCAGGAAGUUCAGUCCAGUCAUGUCAGUCAUGCUCAACUCUUUGUGACCCUGUUUGAGUUUUCUUGGCAGAGAUACUGCAGUGGUU